GUAGUAGGGGAAUAGCGUGCUACGGCGCCGCAGGUGGCAGGAGCAGAGGACUGGGUUUCUAUUGGACGAUCUACUACUAUACACAGAGGUUGAUCACUGGUUUCUGAAGCCAUUGGGGUGCGGUAAAGAUUUUACCGCAGCGGGUAGCAUGUGACCCGCAUGUGCUACUAUAUCACCUACAGGCGCUGUAAGGUGUGCCUAACAUUACCUCCCUCUCUCAGAAAGCCCUGGCCUCAGGGCUUUGUAGGUGCUCAUUUAUGCAAGUGUAGAAUCCUGGCUUAUGCGGGGUUGAUUACGGGCGCGUGGUGUAGGCAUUCAGUAGUUCUGAGCAGUGUAUGAUUUCAUGCUUGGGGAUAGCCUCACAUUUUCUAUUUCAGGAAGUAUAGGA